AUGGCGAAUUUAUUAUUCGCACAUUCUGAUGCGCCCUUGAGGAUCAUUCAGGAAAUUCAAUUUGGCCUACUCUCGCCGGAAGAGAUAAAGAAUAUGAGUGUUUGCCACGUUUUAUAUCCGGAAACAAUGGAUGAUAGUAGAAUGAAGCCUCGAGAAUCAGGAUUGAAUGAUCCUCGACUCGGAUCGAUCGAUCGACAGUUUAAGUGUUCAACCUGUGACCAGAAUAUGUCAGAAUGUCCGGGUCACUUUGGACACAUUGAACUAGCCAAACCAGUCUUUCACCCUGGGUUCAUCAAGAAGAUUAAAAAGCUAUUAGAAAUGAGUAAUGAGCAGUAUAGAGCGGCGGUUAAUAUUCGAGACCCAAAACGCCGAUUUGAUACAAUAUGGCGACUGUGCAAGCCCAAAAUGAUCUGCGACACUAGUGCAACUGACACCGAGUUUAGCGAAGAUCCAAAAGAAGCUGAAAAGAAAAGACACGGUGGAUGUGGCAAUACGCAGCCUGAAGUCCGCCAGACCGCCCUUCAACUCAUGGGAACUUGGAAACUUCCAAAAGAUGAGGAAAAUGACGGCGCAACAGCUGAGAAGAGACCCAUUACACCUGAAAUGGCGCUGAAUGUUUUUAGAGGGAUUUCCGUCUCCGAAAUCCGGGACCUCGGUUUAAAUAUUGACUACGCGCGACCAGAGUGGAUGAUUAUUACCGUUCUUCCCGUUCCUCCUCCGCCAGUUCGCCCCAGUAUUUCGAUGGAUGGCACAAGCCAAGGAAUGCGCGGAGAAGAUGAUUUGACUUAUAAACUAGGUGAUAUAAUUCGUGCUAACGGUAAUGUUCGACAGGCACAACAAGAAGGCUCCCCUGCACACAUUCUGCAAGACUUUGAGGCCCUAUUACAGUAUCAUGUAGCUACUUACAUGGAUAAUGAUAUCGCUGGCCAGCCACAAGCCUUGCAGAAAUCUGGUCGACCGGUGAAAUCAAUUAGGGCUCGUCUAAAGGGAAAAGAAGGACGUCUUCGUGGUAAUUUGAUGGGCAAGCGUGUUGACUUUUCCGCUCGAACUGUUAUCACUGGUGAUCCCAAUUUAUCACUCGAUGAGGUUGGUGUGCCCAGAAGUAUUGCACGUACGCUCACAUAUCCCGAAACGGUAACACCCUACAACAUUGGCAAACUGCAUCAGCUAGUUCAAAAUGGCCCCAACGAACAUCCUGGCGCCAAAUAUGUUAUCAGGGGAGAUGGAACUCGGAUUGAUCUAAGGCACCACAAGCGGGCUGGCGCAAUAUCUCUAGAGUAUGGAUGGAAGGUUGAAAGGCAUAUAGUUGAUGGUGACUUUAUUAUAUUUAAUCGUCAGCCAUCUCUCCACAAGGAAUCAAUGAUGGGUCACAGAGUUCGCGUCAUGCCUUACUCGACUUUCAGACUUAAUUUAUCAGUCACCUCACCUUAUAAUGCGGAUUUUGACGGCGAUGAGAUGAAUUUACACGUUCCUCAAACUGAAGAGACUCGUGCAGAAGUUAUGAAUCUAUGCAUGGUCCCCCUUAAUAUUGUCUCUCCUCAACGUAAUGGUCCUCUCAUGGGUAUUGUCCAGGAUACGCUGGCUGGAGUCUACAAGAUGUGUCGCCGAGACGUUUUUAUUCCAAAAGAACAUCUGAUGAAUAUUUUAUUAUGGGUUCCUGAAUGGGAUGGCGUUAUCCCACAGCCUGCUAUACUCAAGCCUCGACCAAGGUGGACUGGAAAACAGAUUAUCAGUAUGGUCAUCCCAAAGAUUGUGAAUCUUAAUAUGCCCAACGAUGCCCGUGAAGAUUCACCAUUGAAAGAUGAUGGUGUUCUAGUACAUGAGGGUGACUUGAUGUUUGGUCUCUUGACCAAGAAGAACGUUGGAGCUACUGGUGGUGGAAUAAUUCAUAUUAUCUUUAAUGAGCAGGGUCCAGCUGCUGCGAUGGCGUUUUUUAAUGGAUGUCAAAGGGUUGUAAACUAUUGGCUUCUCCACAACGGAUUUAGCAUUGGCAUAGGUGAUACUAUCCCGGAUAAAGCAACUAUUGCCAAAAUUGAAGAAGCGAUAUCAGUGCAGAAAGACGAGGUCGCAGAUCUUACAGCAAAAGCCACCGCAAACGAACUUGAAUCUUUACCAGGUAUGAAUGUACGAGAAACUUUCGAAUCACAGGUAUCCAAAGCUCUCAAUACUGCCAGAGACAAGGCUGGUACGAAGACGGAGCAGAGUCUUAAGGAUCUCAAUAACGCGGUCCAAAUGGCUCGUUCCGGCUCCAAAGGCUCAACUAUCAACAUAUCUCAAAUGACUGCGCUUGUAGGACAGCAGUCAGUGGAAGGAAAACGAAUACCGUUUGGUUUUAAAUAUCGCACCUUGCCACAUUUUACAAAAGAUGAUUAUUCCCCUGAGUCUCGUGGCUUUGUUGAGAACUCUUAUCUACGUGGACUUACUCCAACAGAAUUUUUCUUCCAUGCAAUGGCUGGUCGAGAGGGUUUAAUUGACACUGCUGUAAAAACUGCUGAAACCGGUUACAUACAGCGUCGUCUCGUCAAAGCUCUCGAAGAUGUGAUGGCAAAAUACGAUGGAACAGUCAGGAAUUCUCUCGGUGAUAUUGUGCAAUUUGUAUACGGCGAAGAUGGACUUGAUGGAGUACAUAUUGAGAAACAGAAGGUAGACCACAUUAAUAUGGAUGACAAAAAGUUUGCGGAUCGUUACCGGCUAGACGUGAUGGACGAAAAGCACACCAUCUCCUCAGAACUCUUAGAACAUGCAAGCUCACUAUCGGGUGAUCUUGCAGUACAAGAACUUCUUGAUGAAGAAUGGGAACAGCUCAACAAAGAUCGUUUAAUGCUUCGGGACGUUAACUUCAAGAAAAAAGAUGAUGAAAUGAUGCAACUACCUAUGAAUGUUAUUCGUAUUAUUGAUAGUUCGAAACGACUCUUUAAAGUUGAUGAUGUCCAAAGAAGUGACCUUCAUCCAACGGAUGUAAUUCCACGUGUGAAGGAACUUCUGGAUAACAUGGUUAUCGUCCGGGGCAGUGACCCUUUGUCACUAGAAGCGCAGGAAAACGCCACUUUAUUGAUCAAGGCUCAAUUACGAUCUCGUCUUGCAUUUAAGCGUGUUGCGCUUCAGAUGCGUCUCAAUAAAUUGGCAUUUGAUCACAUUCUAGGAGAGAUCAGAGAUCGCUUUACCAGAGCUCUUGUGAAUCCAGGAGAGAUGGUCGGAGUUCUUGCCGCUCAAUCCAUCGGUGAACCUGCGACCCAGAUGACUUUAAACACUUUUCAUUUUGCCGGAGUCUCAUCGAAAAAUGUCACUCUCGGUGUUCCGAGGCUAAAGGAAAUUCUCAAUGUUGCAACAAACAUCAAGACACCUUCCAUGGUUGUUUACCAAGAAGAUGGCGCCACUCAAGAAACUGCGAAGAUUUUGAGAAGUGCUGUUGAGCACACUAAUCUACGUUCUGUUACUCAAGCUACUGAAAUCUAUCAUGAUCCAGAUAUUCAAUCCACGACAAUCCCUGACGAUAUUGAUAUGGUCGAGUCAUACUUUAUUAUCCCAGAAGAACAUCACGACGCACCAGAGAAUCAAUCAAGGUGGCUUCUACGUCUGACUCUUGAUCGUCAGAAAAUGUUGGACAAAGGAUUAAGGGUUGAAGAUGUUGCCAUCAAGAUCAAAGAGAAUUAUCCUAAGGAUCUAGCUGUCAUUUUUAGUGAUAAUAAUGCUGAAGAACAGGUUAUUCGAAUACGAAUGAUCAAGCAGCAUGAUCCCAAGUAUGAUGACGAUGAGAUUGAAGAAGACAUCAUGUUAAAACGUUUAGAGGCACAUAUACUCGAUACUUUGACACUCAGAGGUGUACCUGGUAUUGAAAGAGCCUUCUUAAAUAAAGAGACAAAGCUUAUCACCACUCCAGAGGGUGGACUUUUAGCAAGUAAGACUGAUGAUCGUUGCCAAGAGUGGUAUCUCGACACGAGUGGAACUGCUCUAGCUCAAGUAUUGACUGUUCCUGGAGUUGAUACGACUCGCACAUACUCAAAUCAUUUCAUCCAGAUUUUUGAAGUCUUCGGAAUAGAAGCCACACGCUCUGCAUUAAUGCGUGAAUUGACACAGGUGCUAGCCUUCGAUGGCUCUUACGUUAAUCAUCGACAUUUAGCGCUUUUGGUCGACGUCAUGACGUCUCGCGGUCACCUUAUGGCAAUCACCCGUCACGGUAUUAAUCGUGCAGAUACCGGUGCACUAAUGAGAUGUUCGUUCGAAGAAACUGUAGAAAUUCUCCUCGAAGCGGCUGCUGUUGGUGAGUUGGACGAUUGUCGAGGUAUUUCCGAAAAUGUUAUGCUUGGUCAGCUAGCGCCUAUGGGUACCGGAGAACUUGACGUACUUCUAGACCCAAAGAUGCUGGAAACUGUCAUUUUUGAUAAUGGUCGGAUGGGUCUAAUGCCUGGUCUAGCUGUUAAAGGCGCCGAUGGAGGAGCCGCCACCCCUUACGACUCUGGAUCUCCACUCAAUGAGGGUGGCUAUCUUGGAACCCCCGAUUAUGGUGCUUCAUUUUCCCCGAUCCAGAGUGGCGGCUCAGCAACCCCCUCUGGAUUUGCCACAGAGUACUCGUCUUCCGGCUAUGCUUCUGCCACGAGUCCAUACGGUGCUCGUAGCCCAGGUGGUCUUGGCUACUCCCCGCAGUCGCCAUUUAGCUCGCAGCAAAGUCCUGGAUUCAGCCCCUCUUCUCCAAAUCCUUAUUCUCCAACCUCACCAGCAAUGGGUAUGACAAGCCCAGGCUAUAUCUCCUCGCCCCGCUUUUCACCAGUAUCCCCAGCAUUUACUCCUGCUAGUCCAGCAUACAGCCCUACAUCACCUAGCUUUGUAUCGCCUACAUCACCUAGUUAUAGUCCUACGUCUCCAAGCUAUAGCCCAACUUCCCCAAGUUAUAGUCCAACUAGUCCGAACUAUAGUCCCACGAGCCCUAAUUUGCAUGUUUCACCCUCCUCGCCAUCAUACUCUCCAACCUCUCCGAGUUACAGCCCUACAAGUCCUAACUAUAGCCCCUCGUCGCCAAACUUCACAAGUAACAAAGCUACGGCUGGAACAGGCUUGUCACCAACGUCACCCGUCUACUCGCCCUCGUCUCCUAAUUGGUCACCAACCAGCCCAGCAACUGGGAACGUCACUAGUCCGAGAUACAGCCCAACUAGCCCUUCAUACAGUCCUACCUCACCUCAAUUCUCGCCUCAAUCUCCUCGCUGA